CUUGAUCGGUGACUGUUGUGGAGCACUCAGUCCUCUGUACAAGCGAUUGGUAGACAACAUCUUUCCAGCAAACCAAAAGAAUGGGCUAGUAAAAGCCAACAUGGAGAAGCUGACAUUCUAUGCCUUGUCGGUUCCAGAAGAGCUUGACUGUAUUGGCGCUUACCUGUCUAAGAGAAUGUCAAAGGAUGUGGCUCGACAAAGAUACAGGUAUGUGUGCAUAGCAAUGGAAGCGCUGGACCAGCUGCUGAUGGCCUGUCGCUCUCAGAGCAUCAACCUGUUUGUGGAGAGUUUCCUGAAGAUGGUGCGUGAGGUGCUAGAGUCGGACAAACCUAGCCUACAGAUCCUAGGAACCAAUUCCUUUGUGAAGUUUGCCAAUAUACAAGAGGACAACCCCUCCUACCACCGCUGUUACCAUUUUUUUGUGUCACGUUUCAGUGACAUGUGCCACUUUAGCGACGAGGACCCCGAUAUCUGCUUCAAGAUUCGCAUGGCAGGUAUCAAGGGUCUAAAUGGAGUAGUGAGGAAGACGGUGAAUGACGACCUACAGGCCAAUAUCUGGGACCCUGAGCUCAUGGGCAAGAUUGUCCCCUCUCUACUUUUCAACUUGCAGAGUGGAGAAUGCACACAGAACCACUCCCCUUCGCUGCUGCAGAUGUCAGAGAAAGAAAAGAGUGGCUUGGUGGAGUUGACAGAGUGCUGCUUUAGAGAGCUUCUGAGACGAGCUGCCUAUGGCAAAAUCAAGAAUGUCAUCACACCUGUGCUAAUGCACUUAGAUAAUCAUUGUCUAUGGGAGGGGACAACCUUUGCAGUGCAUUGCUUCAAAAUCAUUAUGUACUCCAUCCGAUCUCAGCACUCUCACUUGGUCAUCCAGCAGCUUCUUGGUCACCUGGCUGCUAACAGCAAGAACUCAGCCACAGUGCGAGCUGGAAUCAUAGAGGUCUUGCUGGAGGCAGCUGCCAUCGCAGCCAGCUGCUCUGUUGGUCUCACAGUGUUGGAGAUUUUCAACACUUUGGUGCAGCAGCUUCAUUUGAGUGUUGACUAUGAGUUGACAGGUUCAUAUGACGGCAGUAUCAACAUCGGAUCUGAGAUCACCAACGCUCACGAGGAGAGGCAGCUGCAGGAGGCUGUCAUCCGUACCAUCAGUUCAUUUGCCAACACUCUGCCAGCUUACCAGAGGUCAGAGGUCAUGCUCUUCAUUAUGGGCAAAAUCCCUGGUAUUCACACAGCCAUGCCAUCCACAGGCUCAGGGCCUGAGGGUACCAGGAUGAUUCAAGUCAUGUUACUUAAGUCCUUAGUCCAGGUGACAGCAAGUUUCCAUACCACCAACAUGCUGAAAACCCAGCUAAGCUCUUACCUGGAGCCACUGCUGUCCGUGUCUCUCACCAAGGAUCCAGAGGUGCAACUGUUGGCACUCCAAAUACUUAUUAGUCUCAUGGAUUGGCAUGACAACAGGUCCAAGCUCCUCAGCAUGAGCAGCAUCCUGGACAUAUCUGUGCUCAAGAUCAAAGUGGUCAAGUGUUCCAGACAAGAUAACUUAUUCAUGAAAGGUCACGGCCAGCAGCUUUACCAACACAUCUACUUGGCGUGCAAGGAGCAGAGCAAUGGUAGGCAGCAUUACGAGAACCUUUUUGCUUUGUUUGCCAUUUUGAGUGUGGAGCUGGCAAAUCCAGAGGUGGUUCUGGACCUCGUUCGCCGGACAGUUGCAUUGCAGGACCUGGCACUGUCAACUGACGAGGAUCUGCCUAUUUACAAUCGCUGUGUUAUUCAUUCCCUGACUGCCGCUUACUUCAACCUUAUUUGCCAGCUCACCACUAUUCCAGCCUUUUGCAAGUAUAUACACGAGGUUAUUAAGGUCAUGCAGGUAAAUAGCCCUCACCUUUUACCCGAGGGUGUCUUCACGUACAACCCCAAGCUGCCUGCCUCACUGGAGAAUGUGGAAGGGGAUGUUUUAUUUCUCCAGUCAAAAAUCUCUGAAGUCCUUGGGGGUGGUGGUUAUAACACAGAGAGACUUUCUAUACCUUUCAUUCCUCAGUACACAGAUGAUGCCAUUGGUGAAACUGUCUCACAGGUGGAGUUAGAGUCUAGAAAUAGUCCAGAGAAAGAAGAGAGGAGAGUGACAGAGGAGAUCACAUUCAAAGCCUUGAAAAAUGUCAUUGUGGGCAGUGUGGAUAUGGAGGAGCAGGACAGAGAGUGGAGGAGACAAGUGAUGGAGAAGUUUCAGAGGGCCCCCUUUAAGGAAAUAGCUGCACAUUGUGGUCCAAGGGCCACACAACUGCAUAGGAGACUAAAUCAAAUCUUAGAGAUCACAAUUAGACCUCCACCCAGUCCUGCUGGAACCAUGUUAUCAAGUCAUGGCCAAAGUCAAAGAUCAUCUGUACCCAUCCAUGACAUGACUUUGUACUAA